AUGGAGGAAGACAAUCUACAACAAUACCUGGCGUCGGCCACGUUGAUGAUCGUGGUGAUCGGAUGUCUGGGCAAUUUUUUGUCGUUGAUCCUUUUCCUCAGGCAUUCCAGCUCAGUCAACACACUGUUGGCGGCGCUGUCGGUGGUGGAUCUAUGUUUGCUUUUGCUGGCCGUGCCAGUUUUUGUAAUGCCCAGUCUGGAUAUAUGGUAAGUCGAAGAAAUGAUGACUUUCUUUUUGUUUCACAAUUUCGUCCUUUGCUUUUUGUCGGUAAAAUUUUUCAAGAAGGACGUUGUAGGAGACCUUAUGAAAGUUUAAAAACACAGAUGUAUUUUUGGAAAGGCCAUAAUGUCCUCGAUCUUUGCACCUUUAUUCGUUCCGACUUCCUUUUGUCUAUCGGUUUCUGUCCAUUUUACAUUUGGCUUAUCCCAAAAAUAAACCCAUUUACGUCCGAGAAUACCCAAUUUAAUCAAUCAAAUGGUUUCAGGCCGGAUCAGACGUCGCUCUACAAUUUCCUGUCAUGCGUGCUCAAGUAUGUGUACCCGGUGAACUUGAUGUUCCAGACCUGUUCCAUCUACAUAAUGGUGCUCAUUACGAUCGAGCGGUGGACGGCCGUCUGCAAACCGCUGCAGGUGCGCAUCUGGUGUACGGCGAGAACGUCGCGGAUGGCCUUGUUGUGCAUCCUGGUCUUCGCCAUCGCUUACAAUGUAAUCCGCUUUUGGGAAUACCAAAUAGUGUAAGUGUUUUUGCCGCCCCUCAAAUUCGAUUAGGGCUGGAUGGAAUCCUUGCAGAGUACGAAGCUUAUAGCAGUGGGUGUUUAGUAAUGGUGUAACUAAACUGAAUCGCCUUAGGCUCUAAUCAUUCAAAAUGCGAUUAAAUUCAUUAGGCAGAAAACCCAUGGGCGUCUCAAAAAUUUUCGUAAUUGCUUACAUCAAGAUUGGAAAAAGUUAUUUUAGCAGUUUACAAAACCGAUUUUUCAGUGAAACCGAGAAAGGACUGGACUACACACGUAAUCUUCGCGAUAUAAAUCGACAUCCACACUACGUCAUCUUUUAUUACACGGGUCUAUAUCUUCUCACGCACUUCCUCAUCCCCUUCUCGGUGAUCAUCAUCAUGAACGGCCAUGUCUGUAAACAAAUUAUUCAACUGCGACGAGCUCGACUAAUGCUGACUCGGCAACAACAACGAGAACAAAGCACAACUCUCAUGUUGCUGGUUGUGACCUUAGUUUUUGCUGUUUGCAACACGUUGCCGUUCCUCUUGAAUCUUGCCGAAUGUAUCAAAAGGGAUCUUUUUGAAGCCGAAUCCACUGCAUGGAUUGCAUAUCAACUGAACGACUUGUCCAACUUGUUGGUGGUGCUGAACAGUUCAACAACUUGGAUUGUCUACAUUAUAUUUAGUGCCAAGUAUCGGGAAACGGCCAUGAGGAUAUUGUGGAGAUGCAACACAGUCUACGAAAAGGAUGUCAAGUACAACAGUUUGAGUCGGACACAUUCGAUGAGGGCGAGUUCGGCGAGGAAAGGUCCAGCAACCAGCUGCACAACAGAGAGUAUAAGGUUAUUUUUUGACUUAAAAACAUUGCAAAGAGAAUAGGGACCGUUUUUGAGUACGUAUUCGCUCGGCAAAUUCAAUUUUAAUUAUGUUUUUUAUCUCUAUUUAUUCCAGAACCUUGCAAAGCCGGACAAAUCGCUCGAAUUCGGAGUGCGACGAGCGAAUCAGAAAGCAUGUCAGCUCGAUUAUAUCAGACAAAUUCAAACGCGAUUCCAAGAACAACAAGACCUCCAAUGGGUACCGCGUGUCCACGCAGGCUUCCAAGAAGGAGAGCUCCUCAUCAAGACUGUCUCUGGAGGUUCAGCCCUCCACCGAAUUACUCAGCCCUCCCCCGAUGACAUUCCGCGCGCCCUCGCCCAAAUGGAGCGAGCAGCCGGAUCGACCAGAAGUCUAG